CAAGGAGAUUUCACUUGGAUGACAGAAUAUCUUAGUGAUAUUAACCUGUAGGGGCAUCUCUGGUUUUCUAGUGCUUUUAUGCUGUAUUGAUGUGAAUCAACCAUUAGAAUCACAAUGGAGUAGCUUCUUCUUCCCAUGAGCCAAAUUGCCCUUUUUUUUUCCUAUUGUUACCGUGUUCUAGUCUCUUAAUGUACACUUACUUAACAGCUUGUUGUUCUCUCUUGCUACAUUUUCUGUUUCUAUUUUGUUCAUGUUUAUGGAAUUGGGUCAUAGUUCGUCUCAUUUUUGUGCCUCUCAAAUUUGUUCUUGUUCAUUUUACUAGAAGAUGGCAGGUUCAUCAUAGUAAAAGGCAUAUUGGAGCCUCAAAGAUGUAGAAACACCGUGAAUGAUAUAGAUUUUGCAAGAGUAGUUUGGAUCCCAUUUUAUAUAUAGUUGACCCCGAUGAUGCAAAUGAGGUAUAGCCAGCUUGAAGCCAGAUCUCCUUUGAACCAUGGUGCUUGGCCAGCAUUCUGUGACGGAAACAUACUAUGAUAUUUUGUGUGUCAAAGAAAAUGCGAGCUACGAAGAAAUUCGUGCAAGUUAUCGAUCUUCUGUACUCAAUUAUCAUCCUGAUAAAUUACAGAUGGCUUCUGAGAGGGAUCAUGCUGAUCAUAGCAUGGAAAAUAAAUUUCUGAUGAUUCAAAAAGCUUGGGAAGUCCUCGGUGAUGCCAAGUUGCGAAGAUUUUAUGAUACUGAACUGCUGGCUUCAAGACAGGAUACAGGAACUGCAGAAGAUGUCGGCUUAGAGGAUAUGAUGGUCGAAGAUUCUGGAGACGUGUUGCAGCUCUCUUAUCAAUGCCGGUGUGGGGAUUAUUUCUGUGUCGAUUCUCAGGAGUUGGAAGAAAUGGGUUGUCUAAUUUCAAGGGAUGGGAGCAAAAUGAUUGUGCGGACAUCGGAUAACUCUCCAGCAUCAAUAGUUCUUCCCUGUGGCUCUUGUUCUCUGAGGAUUCGGCUUUUAAUUGAGCCAGAUGCUAUGGUUUCUGUAGGAUGAUCAGGUCUAACAUCUUAAGAGAUUUUGGUCUGCCUAAUUCAUCUGUUUAGAUUGAAUGUUCAUGUUUCGUUUUGCUCUUGCUUGGU